CUGUCUCGGUGACUCCCUUGUCAGAUACUGCACCUCUCUGCACUCGAGUGAGUUCCAUAGGUUUACCUAACUGAUUAUUAAGUAGCUGAUUGAGGAUCAAUUAAGUAAUUAAAGUUGGUUAGGGCAGGGUCGAUUGCUGGCAUGGGACUGAGGACGUGCAUUGAAGUGUGUGUGUGUGUGAUAUAGCGUAGCGGUACAGCCUUCCUUUUGCAGCCCUACGUGUCUUUUUACUCUUGUUAGUAAUUGUGGUAUAUACAAUGAUAUUUAGGGAAUUAUGUCCCAUAGAGACAUUUAACUACACCCCUUUAUUGAAUGUUGGAUGUGUGGUAAGAGGAAAUAAAUGGCCAUUGACUGUGAAAGUGAAUGAUACUGUAUCUUCUUAAUAUCUUCACCAUUUCUUUGACUUAUUAUGUUGAAUUCCCUCUAGAAAUAUGUCAGUGGCUGUGGCUUAUGAGUUUUUAGGCAUCAUCUGGCAUGGGAUCUAACCAGGAGUAGUGAGGAUUCAGUCUGAAGGAAUAGUGAGGAUUCAGUCUGAAAGAAUAGUGAGGAUUCAGUCUGAAAGAAUAGUGAGGAUAGUGAGGGGAGCGAAUAUGUGAAGGGAUAGAAUAACGACCAAUAACGAUGUUUGACGGUGUCACUGAGUGCACAAUGGUACAUUUUGGGGCUUUAUUCUACGUCUUCCCACUAGGCACACACUGGUUGAAUCAACGUUGUUUCCACGUUAUUUCAAUGAAAUUGCGUUGAACCAACGUGGAAUAGACUUUGAAUUGACGACAAUGGGUUGUGCCUAUCCUGAAAUAGGUUAGCGGUGCAAAAUAACCCAAUACUUUGUUAAUUGACGCGUAAUUGCAUUGUUGAGUACAAAAAAAUGGUCAAAGAUUUUGGUAAUUGCCAUUUUUUGGAAAAUGGCACUAAAACAGAGGAAGGGUGAGGAAGUAUAUGUGACUAACCAGUGAGGAGGUAAGACAUAGGGGCUCCUCUUGUGGCGGCGCGAAUGAAAAGAAGAGUGUGAAAGGAAAAACACACAUAUGUACACACAGUCAAACUCGUGCACACACACAAAGACACACACACACACACAAACCUCAUUCCGAAACACAGGAGCGGAAACGGGUCGAAUCCUACUUCAAAUUCUCUUUCCUCUCGGCUUGUCGACCGGGGAAAACAAACCGACCCGAGGCACAGCGAAUGGGGAUUUACUAAUUAACUACUUACACACAGAGAGAUGCACACCUCCUCCGCUCCCUCCCUCCCUCUGUCAGUUCCCUCGGUCGAGGUUGUUAGUGUAGUGCUGCUUCCACGGUCCCCGCCACUGGAACAAAUGCCUGGAGAGUGAUCUCACACCUGGGUAGACUGCUCACACUUUGGCUGUUUAAAGAAUACUGAACCACUGGGCAAAGACACUUGAGUGUAACAUCACUAUAGUGCGACGCGGGACUUCCCUCGUCUCUCCGUCCGGAACCAGCGCAGCCCAAAGAGGUCCAGUUCAGUGCGGUGUUUGGAGUUCGGGCUUCGGCCUCAGGUGCAUCUCUGAGGCGGGGCGACGCGGGAGUGCAGGUGUAGUGGAGGCAUGGACUGUAACUGCGUCAGUGAUCUGUUGCUCACCCCCCCUGUCCCUGCCCUCUGGACUCCAGGUGAGGCAAGCAGGAUUGGGGCACUUUUUUGCGGAAGCCGGGGCAUCGCCUUCCCAGACUGGGCCUACAAGCCUGAGUCGAGCCCCGGCUCGCGACAGAUUCAGCUUUGGCACUUCAUCCUGGAGCUGCUGCAGAAGGAGGAGUACCAGAGUGUGAUUUCCUGGCAGGGGGAAUAUGGAGAGUUUGUCAUCAAGGACCCUGACGAGGUGGCCAAACUGUGGGGCCUCAGGAAAUGCAAACCCCACAUGAACUACGAUAAGUUGAGCAGGGCGCUAAGGUACUACUAUAAUAAGCGCAUUUUGCACAAAACCAAAGGGAAGCGUUUCACCUACAAGUUUAACUUCAGUAAGGUGGUGCUGGUGAACUAUCCUCUGCUGGACAUGGCCAGCUCCCCCUUCCUGCUCCAGAACCACUUCAAUGGGGGCUCCGCCGCGCCCGACUGCAGCCCUGUCACACCCGAGGCCCUGCAGUCACUGUUCCCUCGUUUGCCAGAGUCAGGGAGAGGAACCUCCCUGUUUGAUCGAGUGGCCACAGCCCCUGGACCAGAGGGAGACAAACUGAGACUGGACACAUUCCCCUUCCUCAGCUCAGCCGCUCCCUGUUACUCCAAGCCCCCAUCCCUGUUGGGUCCUUACUCCCGCAACCCCCCCUUCGACUACCCCUGGGGCUUCAAUCCCUACCUCUCAGGGGCCUUCUCCCUCAACAACUGCCCCAAGCUGCCCCCCGGCUCCCUCUAUCCCUCCCACUUCUACCCCAACCCGCUGCAGACCAGCCUGGGCCAGCUGCCUCACCCCUUCUCCUCCCUACUCCCCCCGGGAGAGGUGGCAGGAGGGGGAGAGAGGGGAGCAGCGGGCCAGACCGGGGUUACUAACGGCACGGCAGGUGGGCAGCCCAGACUCUGCCUGCCUCCUUACCCUGGUGCUCUGUCGCUGGGCCGGACGGACAUUCUCAACGGGGGCUCUGUGGGUGAGAGGGAGAGAAGGGAAUCCAACACCCCAGGCACGGAGCCUGGGUUGGGGCUAGGGUUAGGGUUAGGGCUGGGUCUGGGAGGGAUGGGUCUUGGUGGUGGUGCUGGGGGGCGACAGAGCCCAUCGGAGCGGCGAGGCGGGGUGAAGCAGGACCCAGAGUCAGACUCAGACUUGGAGAUCACAGAUUUGAGUGACUGCAGCUCAGACAACGAGCCUGACUUCAGCAUCACCAAGGAGACCAGGCUGAGCAUUCGAUCACAUAUCCUGGUGGAGGGGAAGAAAGGGGGAGCACUGCCACCUCUCUCCUCCCUCCCUCCCCCCGUGUCCCCCCAUCCCCUCAAGAGCCUGGUGCCCCUCACCCCUCCCCCUCCAUCCCUCCCUCUAUCCCUCUCUCCCUCCAUGGCUCUGGUUGAACGGCACAGGGAGACAGAGACUCUAAAAUUGAUCCACAGCUAAUAGAUUCUAUUAGAUAACACUCUCUUUCUCCCCUCUCUCUCUUUCUCUCUUUCACUUCGUUGUUCUGUGCUAUUGUAUGUUAUCGUGUUACUGCAAUGGGUCCAUCAAACUGCAUAAAUAUAACUCAAUGUAUAAUGAAUUACAUUAAAAUAUAAUACUAGAACAAUAAUAAACAACACUACAAUAUACACACAUAAGAUUAAUUGCAAUAAUGACCGCAAGAAAGUAUAUCUGUCAGAGAUAUUACUUUAGUUUUUUAGGGAUUCCUUUUCUUGGGAACCUGUAUGUAUUUUUCUGUUCAUAACAUAGUCAAACAUUGCCAGCUGGUGGUCUUUAUAGGAGGCUGCUACAGUUCAUUAUUUUUUGGGGAAAAUGAUCAUCCCCCAAAUCCAAACAAUUUGUCAUUUUGCUCUGCUAAUGUAAUGCUCUGGUAUUGUAAUUUACAUUUCUAACUCCAUACUUGUUUGUUUGUUAUUGUUUAAUGCCAAGUUCAUUUGCUUAACUUUCUUCAGUGAGAGGGAGAGAAAGAGAGAGAGAAAGAGAGAGCAAAAGAGAGAGCUGGACAAAUCUAGAAUUUGUAUCAAUAUUUCAUUGUAUAUAUUUUAUUAUGGUGUACAUUACAUUUAAUUAUUAUCAAUAUUAUAAAAGUUAGCUGUGUUGGUGUGAUUUAAUUACGUAUUUAAAUAAUGUUGGGAAAUUGACAAGUAUAGGUGUAUUAAAGUUUUAAAUAAUUAACAGCAGUCAGAGUAUCUGCGCUGGAAAGGUGUUUUUUUCUAUGAGGAGGACUCAUAUAUGGGGAAUUGUCUCAUAUUUUCUCUACCCCAGCUAAUUGUGCCCUUUGGUCAUUUUCCAAGAAGCCCUUUGGGUUUAAAUAUUCUGGUAGUCUUAUUUUUAUAGUUAGCAUUCACCCAGUGUAACUGUUCUGUAAUUUCUCAAAUGUGAAUAAUAUUGGUUUCAGCACAUUCUUUCAACUACAACAAAAAAAUGUUGAUUAUUUUUGACUCUAAGCUUUAUAUCCAUGGCAACAGUUAGGCAAUGGGUCCCCUUGUAGAAAUUAUAGCAAGAGGUACAAAGUAUCUCAAUACCAACUAGGGACACAGACCAACUUCUCCAUUCCAUGUUGCUCACUUUGAAGCACAGAGUGCAUACUAACUACCCCACAUUGUACAGAUUCAUAUGGUAUGGUUUGUAACAGGUGGCGGUAUAACAUUAGGUGUGAAAGCCCUAUUGUAAAGGUCAUGUAAUUCUAUAUUUGUUGGAUUCUACCAGAAAUCUCUGUUUCAUGAUCUCUGUGUGGCAUUCACCAACACCUCUGUAAAUACUCUUUCCUUUGUGAAUGUAUGUGUACACAUCAUAAAAUGAUCAUGCCGUGAAAUAAUAAGUCACAUUUCUUUGUUUUAUUGUAAAGAGGAAAAAUGGAAAGAUCAAAAAUAAGAAAAAAAUAUGAAUAACUUCUAAAGCAAUAAACAUUAUUCUGGAGAUUGGAA